CGUCACAGGUGGGGAAGGCGGGGUCAGGCCCAGACCGGUCAGGGUCCCAGCCGUCAAGGGCGGUAGGUGGGGGGGUUGCCACCCUUCCCGCUCACCGCCCCUUCCCCGCCCCUCGCCCGUAGCCGCUGCAGGAGAGAUUUACAAAUAGUGUUUGAGCAUCAUGGAGCCUUUAGGUUCUACGUUAACGGCAACUUAUGCCCACCCUAGACCAACACCAACCAACUUUCUACCAGCCAUCAGUACUAUGGCAUCAAGCUAUAGGGACCGCUUCCCCCACUACAAUUUAACCCAUACCUUGAGCCUUCCUUGGAGACCAAGUACAUACUACAAAGUAGCCUCCAACUUGCCGACCUUGGGUCCGUACUGCACCAGAUCUCAGAAGGUGUGCGAGAGUACCAUGCUUCCCUUUGUUUCCAAUAGAACCACUCUCUUCACAAGGUAUACUCCUGAUGAUUGGUACAGGUCCAAUUUAACCAACUAUCUAGAAUCCAACACUUCCCGACAUAAUUCAGAGAGACUAAGGGUAGAUACAUCUCGCCUGAUUCAAGACAAAUAUCAGCAAACAAGAAAAACUCAAGCAGACUCCACCCAAAAUUUGGGAGAACGAGUCAAUGACAUAGGAUUUUGGAAAUCUGAAAUCACUCAUGAGUUGGAUGCAAUGAUUGGAGAGACAAAUGAACACACUGAUGUUAAGAAAAAAUUGGAGAGGGCUUUGAUGGAGACAGAAGCCCCUCUUCAGGUAGCCAGAGAAUGUCUGUUUCAUCGAGAGAAGAGAAUGGGGAUUGAUCUAGUUCACGAUGAAGUGGAAGCCGAACUGUUGACGGAAGUUGAUAUUAUUCUGUGUUGUCAAGAAAGGAUGAAGCUGCAUUUGGAUAAGGCCAUUGCUCAACUUGCAGCUAACAGAGCUUCCCAGCACGAGCUGGAGAAGGACCUGAGUGAUAAACAGAUGGCUUACCGAAUUGACGAUAAAUGCCACCAUCUGCGAAACACAUCAGAUGGCGUCAGCUACUUUCGCGGCGUGGAGAGGGUUGAUGCGACGGUCUCAGUGCCUGAGUCCUGGGCCAAAUUUACAGAUGACAAUAUCCUCCGUUCCCAAAGUGAACGAGCAGCCUCUGCCAAGCUAAGAGACGACAUUCAAAACCUCUUGGUUGUGACUGCCAAUGAGAUGUGGAAUCAGUUCAACAAAGUGAACUUGUCUUUCACCAAUCGCAUUGCUGAGACUGCAGAUGCUAAAAAUAAGAUUCAGAUUCACUUAGCAAAGACCCUGCAGGAGAUCUUCCAGACUGAAAUGACCAUAGAAUCCAUCAAGAAGGCCAUCAAGGACAAGUCUGCCUUCCUGAAGGUGGCUCAGACCAGACUGGAUGAGCGCACCAGGAGACCCAACAUAGAGCUUUGUCGGGACAUGGCUCAGCUACGCCUUGUCAACGAGGUGGACGAGGUGGACAGCACCAUCCAGACCUUGCAGCAGCGCCUGAGGGACGCGGAGGACACCCUGCAGUUGCUGGUCCACACCAAGGCCACCCUGGAGCAUGACCUGGCUGUCAAAGCCAACUCCCUGUACAUUGACCAAGAAAAAUGCAUGAGCAUGCGCAAGACCUUCCCCAACACCCUCCGGCUGGAAGGCUUCUGUUAGGGGACCCCGCCAGGAGCCAGCGAAGUGGAACCACAGCCCUGUGGCAGCUAAUUUAAACGGAGUGCUAAUAUCUCCACUUAUUAAAGGAUUGUGUUGAUAGAAAUGUAAACAGCGUCCUGUCUCGGAGAGUGUUUUGUUUACGUCCAAACCUUCAUUUUCUACUAUUUACUAGGCUUCUGAGCUAUGGGAAGGAUAUAAAGAAAUAUAAUCAGUCUAAUAGAGAAGGUAAAAAGAAGAUUAUUUGUAUUAUUCUUGUUGUUCUCUGUGUAACAUGAAAUGGCUGGAAAGGAGAAAUGUAUUUCCUCUAGGUGGUGGGGUCAGGAAUCACAAAUAGGAUGGAUUUUCAGCUCUGCCUCAGAGGAAACCCAGAGGAAAGGAGAAAGGCCCUUGGGUAUGUAGUGGUUGGGGGUAGUCUGAGCAAAAACAAGGGUGAAACAAAUACACAGUGUACUUGGAACAAUAAUGAGGAGACUGGUUUGAUUGUGAUUCAUAAUGCAGGGUCUAUAACAUGGGGAGGCUUUCAACUCCAGGUCAAGGAGUUGGGAGAGCUGACAGACAUCUCCGAGCAGGAAAAUGGUCUUAUGAAAUUGCGAUCGAGCAAUGAUAUUAGAGUGAUGGCAGUAGAAACAAAGAAAGGAGAGAUGCAAAACAUAUUCUAACCAAUCAACAGGACUUGGUAACUCUUUCCGUGGGAACUGAGUGCAAAGGGGUCCAGGAUGACAGAGGGGUUGACCCUAGAUGGGUUGCAAAAUGGGGCAUUGCUUAAAUUCCAGGAGGUCCUGUGGUUUCCCAGGGGUUAUUGUUUAAAAUAACUUUUUCUUCAUUAUAAAUGAAAAACAUUUGCAUGACAUAUUUUGGAAAUGGAGAACACACACACAUACCAACUCCUAAAAAGCACACGUUAUCAUAACACCCAGAAAUGGUCACUGAGGUUUGUCAACAUUUUAUUUUCUGUGCUCUCAAUCCCUUUGCUUUGACCUCUAUGUGCAUAUAAUAUUUAUCUACACAUGUGGGUAAUAUGUAAUGUUUAUGGUUAUUUACAUAUAUAAAUAUGUCACUGGCUGUUUAUCCACAGCAUCAUUUUUGAAAAUCUUUCCUUCCUACUUCCAAAAACCAAUUCAUAUUGCUUGUGGGAACUUGAGAAAAUACAGACAACAAAAGAAGAAAAUAAAUGUCUUCUAUAUUUCUAAACUAACUAGGUAUUUUGAUAUGCAUAGAUUUUUAUUUCUGUAUUUAUACACUGGUGCUCCUCUCA